CUCGUGACCCCUUCUUGUCAUGUUAAUGAUGCUGGCUGUGUUCAGACUGAUGGAGUUUGCUGGUGUUUAUGUGGGCAGGGCUCUCUGCCGCUUGCUCUUCUCAUGACGCGCUUCUGAAAGUGGUGCUGAUGCUGGAGUCGCCGUAUCACCUGCAGUGAGCAUCACUGGAGUCUGACAGCCGCUGCCUGUAUGUCCACCAAAGGAAGAACAUCAAGAUAUCAGAAAAGAGUCUCGAUAUCAGAAGAAGAAGAUGAGCAGUGCUGGAAAAAGGAGAACGGCGGUGUGGACGCACAUCACUUGAAAUCCGUCAAGACCGUCAGGGACUCGUCGGGAUAUUACCGGUACAACAUGAAAGUGUCGGAUGCAUUUCCCCAUCGUAGGAUGACCCUGCAGCGAGAAAAGGGACGUCGCCAGGCAGUUCGCGGCCCGGCAUUCAUGUUUAACUCCCGUGGCAACAGCCUUACAGCAGAGGAAGAGCGCUUCUUGGAUGCCGCGGAGUAUGGCAACAUCCCAGUGGUCCGCAAGAUGUUGGAAGAUUCCCCCACGCUUAACGUGAACUGCGUUGAUUAUAUGGGGCAGAAUGGACUGCAACUGGCAGUCGGCAACGAGCACCUGGAGGUCACCGAGCUGCUUCUGCGGAGAGACAACCUGGCUCGCAUUGGGGAUGCGCUCUUGCUGGCGAUCUCCAAAGGUUACGUGCGUAUUGUGGAGGCCCUGCUGAGCCACCCGUCGUUUGCUGGCGGCGAAAGACUGACUCGUAGCCCCUGCGAGUUGCAGGACGAUGACUUCUAUUCGUAUGAUGAGGACGGCACACGAUUCUCGCCGGACAUAACGCCCAUCAUUUUGGCUGCCCACUGCCAGAAGUACGAGGUGGUGCAUAUGCUGCUCAUGAAAGGAGCUAGGAUCGAACGUCCACAUGACUACUUCUGCAAAUGUGCCGACUGCACUGAGAAGCAGAGGAAGGACUCGUUCAGUCACUCCAGGUCCAGGAUAAACGCAUACCGUGGACUGGCAAGCCCAGCGUACCUCUCCCUCUCCAGCGAAGACCCCGUACUGACCGCUCUUGAGCUGAGCAAUGAGCUCACUAAGCUGGCAAACAUCGAGAAAGAGUUUAAGGAUAAAAAGAACCGUAAUAAAGAGACAUCGCAGCACUUCUUUCUGAAUGACUACAGAAGAUUGUCUAUGCAGUGUAAAGACUUUGUGGUUGGUGUUCUGGACCUGUGCAGAGACACUGAGGAAGUGGAGGCCAUUCUGAAUGGAGAUAUCUCAGCAGAGCUGGAGGAAGGGCAGCAUCAUCGCUCGCUGCUCAGCAGAGUCAAACUGGCCAUUAAAUAUGAGGUUAAAAAGUUUGUUGCUCAUCCAAACUGCCAGCAACAGUUAUUGACGAUCUGGUAUGAGAAUCUGUCUGGUCUUCGGGAACAAACCACUGCAGUAAAGUGUCUGGUGGUGCUGGUUGUGGCCCUUGGGCUUCCACUGCUGGCAGUGGGGUAUUGGUUUGCCCCAUGCAGUAGGCUCGGUAAGAUACUGCGAAGUCCCUUCAUGAAGUUUGUUGCCCACGCUGCCUCUUUUAUAAUCUUCUUGUGUCUGCUGGUGUUCAACGCUUCUGACCGGUUUGAAGGCAUCACCACACUUCCCAACGUCACUGUCACCGAUCAUCCUCUUCAGAUCUUCAGAGUCAAGACCACUCAAUUCACAUGGACAGAAAUCCUCAUCAUGGUCUGGGUAGCAGGAAUGAUGUGGUCGGAGUGUAAGGAACUCUGGACAGAGGGACCAAGAGAAUACAUCAUGCAGCUCUGGAACGUUCUAGAUUUUGGCAUGCUGUCCAUUUUUAUCGCAGCGUUCACUGCCCGGUUCUUUGCCUUCCUGCAGGCCAUGAAAGCCCAGGCGUAUGUGGAUGAGAAGAUCCACGCAACAGACCUCUCACUGGUCACACUUCCUCCAGACAUCAAAUACUUUACAUAUGCAAGAGACAAGUGGCUUCCCUCAGAUCCUCAGCUGAUAUCAGAGGGUCUGUACGCCAUCGCCGUGGUCCUGAGCUUCUCUCGUAUCGCCUACAUUCUUCCGGCCAAUGAGAGUUUCGGACCGCUCCAGAUCUCCCUGGGCCGCACAGUGAAGGACAUCUUCAAGUUCAUGGUCCUCUUCAUCAUGGUCUUCCUCGCAUUUAUGAUUGGCAUGUUCAUCCUCUAUUCCUACUACCUGGGGGCAAAGGUUAACCCCGCCUUCACCACGGUGGAGGAGAGUUUUAAGACUCUGUUCUGGUCUAUAUUCGGGCUGUCUGAGGUGUCCUCUGUGGUUUUGAAAUAUGAUCACAAAUUUAUUGAGAACAUUGGUUACGUGCUGUAUGGGAUUUAUAAUGUUACCAUGGUGGUGGUUCUUCUCAACAUGUUAAUUGCCAUGAUAAACAGCUCCUACCAGGAGAUAGAGGACGAUGCAGAUGUAGAGUGGAAAUUCGCUCGGUCCAAACUCUGGCUUUCAUACUUUGACAACGGCAAAACUCUCCCCCCUCCGUUCAGCAUUGUUCCCAGCCCAAAGUCUUUCUAUCAGUGCGUCAAGAGACUGAUCAACCUGCUCCGCUGUCGCAGGCGCCGACUAAAAAAUAAUGUUGAGCUGGGAAUGGACAACUCCAAAUCCAGACUGAAUCUCUUCACCCAGUCUAGCAUGAAGAUCCCAGAGUCUCACAGCUUCAGCAGCAUCUUAAACCAACCAACACGCUAUCAGCAAAUUAUGAAGCGUCUCAUCAAACGCUACGUACUGAAAGCGCAAGUGGACAGAGAGAACGAUGAAGUGAAUGAAGGUGAGCUGAAGGAGAUCAAACAGGAUAUUUCCAGUCUGCGAUAUGAACUUUUGGAGGAAAAAUCACAGGCUACAGAAGAGCUUUCACUCCUGAUCCAGAAACUCAGUGAUAAACUUAGCCCUCACCCCGACCACACACACUGACCCUGAAUCCUUCAUGCAAAGUAACAGUGGAGGGUGUAAGUUGAAUAUGCCAAGGUGACUAAAAGCCAUUGGUAGAUAGACUUCCUGAACUGAUCAACCGUAUCUUCUGUCUAAACCAAUGGUGUGAGUUUGUGAUGAGACUGUCUGUUUUCUUGUUUGGAAAACCUCUUUAUAUUCUGGUUCAUUUUAGUGCAGUUAGCACGCUAAAACUCAUACAGGUUAAAAAAUGCUGGUUUAUUUCGUUGGAUUUACUUCAUCUCAAAGAUUUUCCCUAAAGUUUUCCCUAAUAUUUAAACACUUAUUCCAUGAGAUAGUUUACUGGCUCUGUCCACAUCCCAAAUACCACAUUGGUCACCAUUAUCUUAUGGGGAAAUAUUUGACAAUGUUUAAGGCAUUGCUGAACACAUGAUUCUUUACACAAUUUUUUUUUUAAAUGUACAAUUACUAUGAAAAUGUAUUUUUUCAGAACAAGUUACAUCCAGCUGAACUAGUUUAAAAUAAAAGCAGAUGCAGUUACAGUAAGUCUGAUUUAAAGGAAAUCUAGGGGUACCAUUAAAUAUUGGUACUAGUUUAAUAUAGUGUUAUAAUGAUCACUUAUAAAUAUUUUAUUUAUUUGUUUGUUGCAGUAUUUAAUCUGUUUCUGCACUGCAAAAAAAAAUGAAUGUCCUACUUAGUUUUGUUUUCCAGUACAAAUGUCUAAGAAUUCUUAAAUUGAGAUACAUUUACUUGAUAAGUAAAGUGGCUUAAGAUUUUAAGCCUUGGUUACUGAACUAAAUUAUGAAAUUUAAGAGGUAAAAGCCUAAAACAAGUAAAAAUAUCUGCCAGUGCGGUAAGAAAAAUAAACUUAACCCUUGUGCAUUGUUU